GGGCCCUCAGAGACCGCCUAUAUACAGGGCCCAGAAUUUUGUGCUACAUCCAUGAUCACAAUACCCUCGCGAUUAAGGCAAUAUCUUGUUAAAAGCUCAGUAUCAAAUGUUUCUAAACUGUCGACUUGAUUACGAGGCGGAUUGCCGGCUGCAGCCCUUUUAGGAUUGUUUGUGACUUGAUCUAAUUGACUUGAGUCCUCUUGACAACUCCUAACUUUUCCUAGAUUUGGGAGCUGGCUUUAACGCCAAAGUGCUUUGUGAAAUACACUUACAACAAAAAUGUUGGAGUCCUAAAUUUAGGACUGACAGGCACAAAACAGCAAGUUAUAGAGCUACAUUUACCAUUAUAAUGUUUUGUGAAUACGGCCCCAGAUCUCUAACCAAUUAUGUUUAGUCUGAAAGCCCACGCUAGACAUUCAGUGAUCAACCAUGAUCCUUGCUUUGCCCACCUUUACGUAAUGUAAUUUGAUGAGCGAAAAUGCGGCUGUUGAAAUGUUGGAUAAUGUAACUACGUAAAACAACCGAUAAAAAAUGUAAUUUAGAUUGUUAGGACGUCUAUCCGGUAAUAGUGCACAUUUUGUUUGCUAAACAAUUUGCGAAUAGUUUGAAUGAGAAGCUUGACAGGAACAGAACGUUGUUUGGAGUUGCCCUCUUCUCCCCACGCGGAAAACCAGGUGUGUGGUUUAUGGCCAAUAUAUCACGGCUACGGACUGUUCGUUGUGUGGUCCGUAGCCAUGUUACAUUGGCCAUAUCCCACAAAACCUUUAGGCGAGUUGUUACCUAUUAUACCCGGUUACCAACACAUUCAGAAACCGUAACAACAUGUUUUUCUUUCAUAAUCAAUGAUAUACUGACUUGUAAACCUGGUGGUUUGAAUCCUGAAGGCUGACUGGCUGAUGGACAUAUACCAACAGAAUUACAUCACUUUUAUUUCUCUUAUUGCUUGGGUAACCAGUUUAUAAGAGCAAUAAGGUACCUCUGGUUUGUGAUAUAUUUCCAAUCAGUGGUGGAUUUAGUGAUUUGAGGGCCCUAGGCAGAGACUGAGGCCCCAACAUCAAUUUAUUUUUACCUUAUUGUUCUUAUCAAAGCCACAUGGCAACAUUUUGAACAUACCUUCUUUCUUUAUUAUUGAAUGGAACUGGCACUUCCAAAGACACUUGUUGCCCCCUUCAAUAGAGUAAAUCAGUUAGUUAAAAAAAUAUAUAUAUAUGAAGGGUACAUACUGCCUUAUAAGCUAUGACUACAGUGAAACACAAAGCAUUUAGUUAAUUAUUAUCCCUGGGAAUCAUGGAGUUUCUUAAUCAAAUGCAUUCAUAACACUUUCUUUUCUCACCAUGCUGCCACUGUCAGCUGGGAGGGCCACAUUUUUGGCAGACCUGGUAAGUGGAGCUGUCUAAGAAGAGUGAAUGUCUCUUAAUGAGGGACUGACUGGCUAACCACUUAAAUUGCGUAGUGGCUAGAGACGCGGACUGUCACAUAGACCAGUGGUUCUUAAAGUGGGGGUCGCCAGAUGAUUUUGGGGGUCGCAAUAUGAUUUUUAGUCAAUUAAAAAUGUAAAUUAAAAAGUGCUUUUUUAUAAAUCUGAAAACUGCUAUACUGUAAAUGGGGAAUACAGCUAGAAUAGGCUAAAUAUGUAAAGGACUAAAAAUAAAUAUAAAUAACAAUGUAUUUUUUAGUUAAUGACUGGCCAUAUAUGAUUUCAGUUUGAAUUUUCAUGGGGCCAAAUGCGGCUGCCUACCUUGCCUAGUAGUGACCACCUCUGUUGCCAAUAUACCAUCGCUAUGUGUCCAGUCAUUCUGUGAUGUGUCAUGAAAAACAGCUCUUUGCAGUGGUACAUUGGCCAUAACCCACAACCCUUGUGCCUUAUUGGUUACAUACCACAGCUUUCAGCCCAUCCUCAUUUUGUCUCAGCGGGUCCAGUGUAUAUAAUGUAUAAUAUAACGCCCAACGUCCUUGUUAUGUCAACCAUGUUGUUAUAACAACUGGGAAACGCAUUCAUCUUCCAGGUGUAACACCUUUGUCCAUUUGUCUCAGUGCCACGAGGAGUGACGACUGCUCACCAGGUCCCAGCAGUGUCCCAGUCCGCAUACUCUCCCCCCACGCCGGACACCCCAGAAUCAGUGCCCUCCACCCCCCACAGAUGCUCCUGGCCAAGAGCCUACCCCCACCCACCACGCACAGUACUCCUGCUAUGCUAGUCUUACCCGCAACACAGCCCACUGCCAAGAAAAAACGAGUGACGCGGAACGCGGACACCACCACCCUGACCGCCAUGCCCGGGGAGUGAGCGGGCGCCCAAUCAAGCCCCCGAAGAAAGCUCCAGCCAGUGCGGCGCAGCAAACUGAGCCAGCAGCUGCGUUACUCCAAAGGGGUCCUCAAAGAGCUGCUGUCCAAGAAACACGCGGCCUACGCCUGGCCCUUCUACAAGCCAGUGGACGCCUCCACGCUGGGCCUCCACGACUACCACGACAUCAUCAAGCAGCCCAUGGACCUCAGCACCAUCAGGAGGAAAAUGGACGGUCGAGAGUACAGGGACGCCCUGCAGUUUGCCGCUGAUGUCCGGCUCAUGUACUCCAACUGCUACAAGUACAACCCCCCUGACCAUGACAUGGUGGCAAUGGCACGCAAACUACAGCGAGAGCAGCCCCAGCUCAGACAGCGAGGAGGAGCUUGCACACCGCAUGGCCGAGUUACAGGAACAGGUGUGUACUCAGGCAAGAAGGGUGUAGGGGGGAAGUCACGGGAAGAACUGGCUCUGGAGAAGCAGCUGGAACUAGAGCAGAGGCUACUGGAUGUCAGUGGUCAGCUCAACUCUGGAAAGAAACCUCAGAAAACCAAAGUAAACACAGCCUCGCUUGGUUUCUUACCAUGUUGAAGUUUAAAUAGUUCUGAAAUGAAAAGCACCUUGGCUCAGUAUGGAUGUAUUACAUGUACACUUGACUGAAGACUACUGCUGCAUCCAGAGAGGAGUGUCCACGGUGCAGGAAUCACACGUUAAUCCCAAGACAACUAACAAUGCUGUUUUAUUCUAAAUACAUGUCAUUCAUUUAAUUUAUGAAUUUGGGAAGGCUGUCGCCUUUGAUUUUUAUAUGCAGGAAAAACCCUGUGCGUAAUCUGGUUUUUAGAAGAAAAUCAUAGACUGACCUUUUCCUUAUAGUGUGUUUACCAGAGGUGGUGAGGGCACAUUGAGAUUUAGUUAUUAAACUGAUUUUGUGAUUUAGUUAAUCCCUUAACUGUGUGUGUGUUUAGUUCCUGGGAUGUGAGUGGAAUCCUUUUUUGUUAAGUUGCAGGUAAUGGAGAAGUUUUGAUAUUGGUAAUAAUCAUGAACAAAAACAUUGUUUUGUAUAAUGUGUAAAGUAAGACUGAACAGUGUACAUGUUUACAGUCGCACACUUUGGAGCAUGUUUCUACUGCUGUUUCAUUUGUGAGUGGUUGUUUCUUUAGUUCAUUUUCUCAGAUAAACUGAGUCUUCAGAGUAACAGAAAUACCUCAUACUCUUGCUCAUUUGAGAACCUGUACAAUAAUAAACAGAGAUGGGUCUUUAAUACUGACUGUGUCUGUUUAGAUUAACAGACUGUCUAUGACAGGGUUACUUAGAUUACUGUUAGAGACAAUAUUUCUCAGUAGUUCUUGCUAUGAGGACAUUGGGAUCACUAGAUUUUAAUAAAGGACCAUUUUGUUAGGAUUUUAGUAUAUGUUGUCUGUCAACUCUAGCCUUGUGAUAUUCCACUCUGAAAAACUGAUUGCUAAGUGAGCAUGAAAGAGCUUUAUUUAUUUUACCAAGUAUGACUGAGAACAUGAACAGUGACAAUUUU